GAGCAGACUGUUGCGCUGCUGUCGUUGCUCAAGCGCGUGAGCCAGACCCAGGCCCGCUUCCUCCAGCUCUGCCUGGAGCACUCGCUGGCCGACUGCGCCGAGCUGCACGUCCUGGAAGGAGAGGCCAACAGCCCGGGAGCCGAAAGACAUGCUGCUGUAUAGUGGAUGUAGCCAGACUGAUCCUGGCAUGGCAGAGCUCAGUUCAAGCCUCCUUACUGUGUUCUAACAGCUUUUAACCUUGGCCAAAUGACUGAGCCUCGCUGAAUCUACUUCCCUUCUAUAAAGUAAGAGUGCUAAGGUCAAGUGUGCAGGAUUUCAGUACAGGAUAAAAGUGACUGGUCCAUGCUGUACAAUAAUUGCAGCUGUCACCGCUGCGGUUUCCAGCCCUGCCAGUCUGUCAUCGCCACUACUCCUGUAUGUGGACAGAGCAAAGGGAGACUGAGUACAGUCCCGCUCAUCUCCGAAGACAUAGCUUUGUGUGUCAAGACUCCCUACGAAUGGGGAUGCAAACCCAGCAACCACACAGGGGAAUCAUUAACCAAUGGCAACAGGAAUCCAAGGAUAAAGUGAUUUCCCUUCUGUUAACUCACCUGCCUUUGCUGAAGCCAGGAAACCUCGACGCUAAAGUAGAGUAUAUGAAACUGCUGCCCAAGAUCCUGGCGCACUCUAUCGAACACAACCAGCACAUUGAGGAGAGCAGACAGCUGCUGUCCUAUGCUUUGAUCCACCCGGCCACUUCCUUAGAAGACCGAAGUGCUCUCGCCAUGUGGCUAAAUCAUUUGGAGGACCGUACAUCGACCAGCUUUGGCAGCCAGAACCGAGGCCGCUCGGACUCUGUGGAUUACGGACAGACACACUACUAUCACCAAAGACAGAACUCAGACGACAGGCUCAAUGGGUGGCAGAACUCUCGGGAUUCUGGGAUUUGCAUCAGCGCCUCCAACUGGCAGGACAAAAGCCUGGGCUGUGAGAAUGGCCACGUGCCCCUCUACUCUGCGUCAUCCGUCCCCACCACAAUCAACACGAUUGGAACCAGCACAAGUACGAUUCUCUCAGGCCAGGCACACCACAGCCCUUUGAAACGAUCUGUUUCCCUUACCCCACCCAUGAAUGUGCCAAACCAGCCUCUAGGACAUGGAUGGAUGUCUCAUGAGGACUUACGAGCUAGAGGACCCCAGUGCCUCCCAUCCGAUCAUGCCCCCCUGUCUCCACAAAGCAGUGUAGCCUCUUCAGGAAGUGGUGGGAGUGAACACUUAGAAGAUCAGACCACUGCUCGUAACACAGUCCAAGAAGAAGGUAGUGGUAUGAAAGAUGUUCCAGCUUGGUUGAAAAGCCUCCGCCUGCACAAAUACGCUGCUCUGUUCUCGCAGAUGACUUACGAGGAGAUGAUGGCCCUCACUGAGUGUCAACUGGAGGCUCAGAAUGUUACCAAAGGCGCAAGACACAAAAUUGUAAUCAGUAUUCAGAAGCUCAAAGAAAGACAAAAUCUCCUGAAGUCUUUGGAAAGGGACAUCAUCGAAGGGGGCAGCCUGCGCAUCCCCCUCCAGGAGCUGCAUCAGAUGAUUCUGACACCCAUCAAGGCCUACAGCUCUCCCAGUUCCACUCCAGAGGCACGCCGCCACGAGCCUUCGCUGAUGGGCCCGGAGAACCCCAGCACCGAUGGCAAAGAUGGUGCCGCAGGGGCCAACAGCGUCACUGCCAGUGCUUCAGCUGGCGCCAGCGGGGGGCUGCAACCACCCCAGCUCAGCAGCUGUGACGGGGAGCUGGCUGUUGCCCCUCUGCCGGAGGGGGACCUCCCGGGACAGUUCACAAGAGUCAUGGGAAAAGUGUGCACACAGCUCCUGGUCUCCAGACCCGAUGAGGAAAAUAUAAGUUCCUAUCUACAGCUCUUAGACAAGUGUCUCGUUCAUGAGGCAUUUACCGAGACACAGAAAAAAAGAUUGUUGUCAUGGAAACAGCAGGUGCAGAAGCUCUUUCGGUCUUUCCCUCGGAAAACCCUUCUAGACAUAUCAGGAUAUCGACAGCAAAGAAAUCGUGGCUUUGGACAGUCCAACUCUCUCCCGACAGCCAGCUCUGUGGGCGGCGGCAUGGGCAGACGGAACCCACGACAGUACCAGAUUGCCUCUCGGAAUGUCCCUUCUGCUCGCCUUGGUCUCUUGGGCACCAGUGGAUUUGUUAGCUCCAACCAGCGCCACACCGCUGCCAACCCCACCGUCAUGAAACAAGGAAGACAGAACCUCUGGUUUGCCAACCCCGGGGGCAGCAACAGCAUGCCCAGCCGGACCCACAGCUCUGUCCAGAAGACCCGCUCGCUGCCCGUGCACACUUCCCCACGAAACAUGCUGCUGUUCCAGCAACCAGAAUUCCAGCUUCCUGUGACUGAACCUGACAUCAACAACAGGCUGGAGUCCUUGUGCCUCAGUAUGACGGAGCAUGCCCUGGGAGACGGGGUUGACCGGACCUCCACAAUCUAGAAACUGAAGAUGAGAGUGACCGCGCUGGCCGUGAAACCGACUGCUGCGGGCCCAGUGUCAGCCAUCUUCAGGGUUGCACAGACUCUUCCGAGACACUUUGCAGCCUUUUUCCCCUGGUCCCUCGCCCAUUUUGAUUUUGUGAGAGCGUAGGUCAGCCUUGUAAACAUAUCAGUAGACCUGGGGUUGGUCAUGUUGUCAUUUGUUUCUGUCAUGGGAUGGGACGGUAUGCAGGGUGGGGAGGGGACGCGUGGGACUGGGAGGGGGUGGAGGGUCGCUAGUGGCUUCCUGGAUGGAAAUGGGGUGGGGAGAGAGAUGCAAGAGGACACACAGGAGGGAGGUAGCAGCCCUGCCCUGGGGAACUUUCUCGAAAGCCAGGCUUCAUCGUGGUCAGGCUGCAGAAGACGGAGGAUAUAGCGACCAGAGCAAGAUGGCGGCUGGCCGGUUUGUGUCUCCCCUGACUGGAUUUCCGUGCGGCCCGACUUGAAACAGUCGAGAGAGGGCUGUGUGGCAACAAGGGCAAGAGGACGAAAUUCCCUCCAGCAAACUUUCAGAUAAACUUUGAUUUGUGUAUUGUUUACAUAAGAAUUUUAAAGGGUACAUAAUGCGUAGCGUUUGGGUAGAACUUCUCUUCAUACUAUGGUUUUUGUAAAAGACUGAUUAUUGUUAUGGAUUCAUUUUGUUUCAUCUAUUUUUAUAAUAGUAGCAGGGUUGUAUUUUAAAAUGGCUGCCAAGCUCUGCUUCUCGGGAAGAAGGAUGCUGUCAAGUAGGCCUCGAGUUGCCUUCUCCCACCGCGAGGAGGGAGGGGCGGUGGGAGGAGCGUGUGGAUGGAUUUGAAAGGCGAGGAUGUGGCAAGGACACAAAGAUGGUGGCGCCAUGUGAUCGGUUAUGGAUUUGCUCAUAGGUCACCCAGAAAUGGUAAACUUUGCAACCUCCUUCUGGGCUGGAUUUGCAUCCCACCCUCCCCACAGGCUCCAUCCUACCACCCCUGGUUGGUCUCACUCCACAGACACACAAGAGGACGCAGGUCCCUCUAGCCGGCUCAGACUCAGAACAUUUGCGAUGGAGGUUUUGCUGGAGCCUAAGCCUGGGCACCGUAUCCCUUUUCACUCCAUCUCUGCUGAAGAAGACUGGUCCAGCGAUAGCGUCAGAUCAGUGCAGAGAGGCAGAGGCUCCACCAUCCAAGGCAGGCAAUGAAAGCAGAGGCAGGAAAGGCUAAACUCAUGAGAGAAAUGGUGGCGCUAACCAUGCCCGUGAGUCAGAGAUGUGCUGUAUCAUGGGAUGAUUUAUCCAGCCUUACACAGGGAAGGGAAAACACACUCACAUGCACCCAUGAACACGGUGAGAGCUUAGCUGUGGCUCCGAAGAGUCAUCGCUCUAUUUCUUAAGGGCAACAAAGACAAUAUUUCAGAAUUUGAUCCAAUGGAGGAUAUUAGAGAGAAUCCAAAAGGAAUUGUGCACUGUACUGGAAAAUUAGUUGUGCAAAUGUGAUGGUGUGAAUGCCUAGCCAGAGGCAUGAUCUCGGAGAUAAUAUAAGGCCUGUUUAUUAAAUGGGUGAGACUGAUACCUCUUUAAAAAAUAAAAAAGUUAUACCUAAGUCAAAAUUAAAGGGAUCGGACCGUGCAAAUGACUGGACCUUGCCCAUGGUUAUUUUUUCAAGUUAAUGAAGGGCAUUCAGACUUUAAAGGCCUUAAUAAAAAUCCACACAACUUUGUUUGCCUGUCAAGAUUACAAAUGUCCACCUAGCCCAGCCUUGCAUGCUGCAACAGAAAUCCUAAAGUCCUUUUACAGUCCAGAAGGCAAGGGCACCAAAGUAGACAGACAGCUCUCAGUGAGUACAGAAGGCUUGGGUACACUGUUCCAUGCACACAUCACAACAACAAUCACAAAAGAUUCAGGCCACUCUUCAGGGGACCAGCUCUCGGAGAUGCAAAUUCAUGUGCAGAAGAAGGCAGCAUGUUUA